UAGAAAUACAGCUUCUUCACGAAUAUUGAAUAGGAAUGGCAAGAAAAAGAACAGCAGCUCACAGAAAAUACAGAAUAAUGCAUGUGGGUGCUAGUAAAGCUACUCUGAUUAUCUCCCUAAUUCCUCUUCCCGGGCUGAGCCGCCGCCCCAUUUUCUCGACGGCCAAAGUAAAAUUUCCAAUAGCCAUGAUAUCAACGGCCACCGCCAGAAGCUGUAGCUCCAAUCCCAAAGCCCAAGGAGCAUUCCUCACAGUUGAAGGCAGAUUCACUUGCGAAAGGGAGAUCAAGAAGAGCAAAUUCAUCGCCAUUGCUGCCCAUAUCUCCGACCUACGCGAGGCGGAGACCUUCCUUACCGAGGUUAGAGAUUCUCGUGCCACACAUAAUUGUUGGGCUUACAAGGUUGGAGAUCACUACCGAAGUCAUGAUGAUGGUGAACCAUCUGGCACAGCUGGCAAACCAAUAUAUUCUGCAAUUGUUUCUUCAGGAUUAGACAGAGUCAUUGUUCUUGUAAUCAGGUAUUUCGGAGGAAUUAAACUUGGAACUGGAGGACUAGUGAGAGCAUAUGGGGGAAUUGCUGCAGAAUGCUUGAGAAAUGCUCCUACACGACUUAUAAAAUCUAAGGUUUCUAUGGGCAUAGAGGUUCCUUUUGAUUUAAUAGGGUCUUUGUACCAUCAGCUGCAAUCUUAUAAAGUUGAGGACAUUAAACAAGAUUAUGAUACAGGGAAAGGUGGUGUCACCAUGGUCACUUUCAAAGUCGAUUUUGACCGCAUGCAAAGUUUAGAAGAAGCUAUCAGAACUUAUUGUAGUAGGGAUAUUGUGUUUUUCAAGAACUGAAGUCUUCUUGUGAGCUCACCCGCCAAUGUAGAUAAAUGCACUGUAUUUAGAAGGAGCUAUCAGAACUUUUUUCCAGAACUAUGCACUGUAUUAAAAUAACUACAUGAUUAAUAUCACUAUUUCAUAUUAUUCAAUCAUGA